AUGGACGUGGACGUGGACGUGGACGUGGACGUGGACGUGGACGUGGACAUGGACGUGGACAUGGACGUGGACGUGGACGUGGACGUGGACAUGGACGUGGACGUAGACGUAGACGUGGACGUGGACGUGGACAUGGACAUGGACGUGGACGUGGACGUGGAGGACGUGGACGUGGACGUGGAGGACGUGGACGUGGACGUGGACGUGGAGAACUUGGACGUGGACAUGGAGGACUUGGACGUGGACAUGGACGUGGACAUGGACGUGGACAUGGACGUGGACGUGGACGUGGACGUGGACGUGGACGUGGACAUGGACGUGGACGUGGACGUGGACGUGGACGUGGACGUGGACGUGGACAUGGACCUGGACAUGGACGUGGACGUGGACGUGGACGUGGACAUGGACGUGGACGUGGACAUGGUCGUGGACGUGGACGUGGACGUGGACGUGGACAUGGACGUGGACGUGGACGUGGACGUGGACGUGGACGUGGACGUGGACAUGGACGUGGACAUGGACGUGGACGUGGACGUGGACAUGGACGUGGACGUGGACGUGGACGUGGACGUGGAGGACGUGGACGUGGACGUGGACGUGGACGUGGACGUGGAGAACUUGGACUUGGACAUGGACGUGAACGUGGACGUGGACGUGGACGUGGAGGACUUGGACGUGGACAUGGACGUGGACGUGGACGUGGACGUGGACGUGGACGUGGAGGACGUGGACGUGGACGUGGACGACGUGGACGUGGACGUGGACGUGGACGUGGACGUGGAGGACGUGGACGUGGAAAACUUGGACGUGGACAUGGACGUGAACGUGGACGUGGACGUGGACGUGGAGGACUUGGACGUGGACAUGGACGUGGACGUGGACGUGGACAUUGACGUGGACGUGGACGUGGACGUGGACGUGGACGUGGACGUGGACAUGGACGUGGACGUGGACGUGGACGUGGACGUGGACGUGGACAUGGACGUGGACGUGGACAUGGUCGUGGACGUGGACGUGGACGUGGACGUGGACGUGGACAUGAACGUGGACAUGAACAAGACGUGGACGUGA